UAAAAAAAAUUGAGAGGUCCACUCCAGUUUAUUUUUGGAAUAUACUCGAAGGUCUUGAAUUACCACGUAUAGUACAUUAAUGCAGCCUCCAAAAGAAGAGAAAGAAUAAAUGUAGUAUGGUUUUCAAAUGAAAUGUUUGUGUGGGGGGCAUAUUAGUCUGAUACUGAUUAUAUGCCUGGUUCCAAUACUGUUGGGAACAGUUGCCAAAAGAUAGUAAUGGCAAUACUUCAACCAAAAACAAUGCAAAAAUAAAUUUAGUUAACAAGUACGAUGGUUAAAGGAGUAGAAAUAUUUUUUUUUUUAUCUUGUAAUACAUUGUCUUUAAAACUUCAAAAAAAGUCUGUCAAAUUUUAUACUUAAGAUAUAUUUAUUAAAUAUUCCAGAACAAACUGUUAGAAUCUACCUUACCUUAGACUGACUUCUUCCCAUUUCUUCUGAUAACAUUCCAUUUACAUGGAAGAAAAAAUGGCCAAAAAAUGUGAGGGACAUGCAGUGGGAAUAGAUCUUGGAACAACAUAUUCUUGUGUUGCAGUGUGGCAGCAACAACAUUCUCGAGCUGAGAUCAUACCCAAUGACCAAGGCAACAAGACAACUCCUUCUUACGUUGCUUUCACUCAUAAUCAAAGGUUGAUUGGUGAUGCUGCUAAGAAUCAAGCUGCUGUCAACCCUACCAACACUGUCUUUGAUGCUAAGAGGAUGAUUGGUAGGAAAUUUUCUGACCCCAAUAUUCAGAAAGAUAAAGUAUUGUGGCCAUUCAAAGUCAUUUCUGGUGCUACUGGCGAACCAAUUGUUGUUGUUAAGUACAAGGGUCAGGAGAGACGCCUUUGUCCUGAAGAAAUUUCAGCCAUGGUUCUCACAAAGAUGCGCGAGACUGCAGAGGCAUAUUUAGGUUCACCUGUGGAGUAUGCAGUCAUUACUGUCCCGGCCUACUUCAGUGACUCGCAGCGCAAAGCCACCAGAGAUGCCGGUGCCAUUGCUGGUCUCACUGUCAUGAGGUUAAUCAAUGAACCUACAGCUGCAGCUAUUGCUUAUGGUCUUGACAAGAAAGCUGAUUGGGUUGGAGAGAGGAAUGUUUUGAUUUUCGACCUUGGAGGUGGUACUUUUGAUGUGACCCUCCUUACCAUCAAUGAUAAGUUGUUUGAAGUUAAGGCCGCUUGUGGAAACACUCAUCUUGGUGGAGAAGACUUUGAUGACAGAAUGUUGAAAUACUUUUUAGAAGAGUUUGAAAAGAAGAACAAAGUUGACAUAAGUGGUGAUUCAAGAGCCUUGAGGAGAUUGAGAAAUGAAUGCGAAAGGGCUAAAAGAACACUCUCAAGCUCUAUUGAUGCCUUCAUCGACAUAGAUGGCUUAUUUAAGAGUAUUGACUUCUCUUCAUCGAUCACUCGUGCUAGGUUCGAGGAACUCAACAAGGACCUCUUUGAAGCGUGUAUUCAGACGGUAAAGGAAUGUCUUACCAUUGCUGAUAUUGAUAAGAGUUGUAUAGAUGAUGUUGUUCUUGUUGGAGGCUCUUCUAGGAUUCCCAAGGUGCAAAAACUAUUGCAGGAAUUCUUCCAGGGGAAAAGUCUGUGCAAGGGACUUAAUCCAGAUGAAGAUGUUGCCUACGGAGCUGCCGUUCAAGCUGCUUUGUUGAGUGAAGGCUUUAAGAAUGUUCCAAAUGUGGUGCUGCAUGAUGUUACUCCGUUGUCACUUGGUGUAGACACAAAAGAUGAUGUUAUGAGCAUAGUAAUUCCUAGGAAUUCUAGUGUUCCUAUAAAGAAGAAAGGAGCAUACGUCACAAGUGAAGAUAACCAAUCUUGUGCAGAUGUUUUGGUUUAUGAAGGUGAGAGGGCAAGAGCUUAUGAUAGCAACUUGCUGGGCCGAUUUGUGCUUUCUGGUAUUCCUCCUGCUCCUCGAGGACAUGACAUUAUGAUAUGCUUCAAUAUAGAAGAAGAUGGUAUCUUAAAUGUAUCUGCUGAAGAAGAAACCACUGGUAACAGGAAUGAGAUUACAAUAACCAAUGAUAAAGGAUGAAUGUCAGCUAAGGAAAUUGCAAGAUUAGUUCAGGAGGCUAAAAAUUAUGAGGCUGAAGACACAGAGUUUCUUGAGAAGGUAAGAGCAAUGGAUGAUUUGGAUGACUAUGUUUACAAAAUGAGAAAAACUUUAGAACAUACGGAAAAGGACAGUAAAAAGAUCAAUGAUGCAAUUGCUAAGGCCAUGGGUUUACUUGAUAAUCGUGAUAAACAGAAACAUGGAAUAGAUGUGUUCAAGAAGAAUCUGAAGCAGCUCAAGCAAGUUUUUGAACCUAUGAUGAACAAGAAUCCAUGAUUGCCUUAAACAAAUUAUGUAUUUUGUAUGUCAUGCGAAUCUUACGUGACUGAUCAUGUUAUAGUAAGUUCUAGGAGUAUUUUGAAUUGUCAGUUUCUUGUUAAGAUUAUGUAUUGUGAAUGUUUUUCACUUUUUUUUUAUUAUUGUUUUAAUAAACAAUGAUAAUGAUAAUAU